GUUCAGGCCGCCUUCUUAUUCUGAGAAGAGAGAGGUGCUCAUGGAAAAGUUGAGAGUGAGUGUAAGACUCACAGUGAGGCUCAGUGAUCGUUGAACAAGAUGCUGGGCUCUUUGGGUCGUCUUAAUCUCACUUAUUCUUCUUCUUCUGGGUCUUUCUCGUCUUCCAAGGACUACCCGAGUCCGAGGCUAUCUCAUCCCAAACUACCCUCUUUUCCGCUGCUUCGACAUAGAGUACUGUCCCCUCCAACUAAUUUAAGAUGUGGGAAGUUGGAGCGUGAUUGCAAAGUUAGAGCAGUUUUGACAGACGACAGCUCGAUAAUGACGGUGAAUGAAGGAGAGACGGAAGAUAUUGGUAUUUUGAGAACAGACUCAAACUUGGAGCCGUACAAAGAUCACUUCAAGUGUAGAAUAAAGAGAUAUUUGGAGCAGAAAAGUCUCUUUGAGAAAUAUGAAGGAGGUCUAGAGGAAUUCGCUCGAGGUUUUGUGAAAUUUGGAUUUAAUAGAGAAGACGAUGGAGUUGUGUACCGUGAAUGGGCCCCUGCAGCUCAGGAGGCCCAACUUGUUGGAGACUUUAAUGGAUGGGAGGGCUCCAAUCACAAGAUGGAGAAGGGCGAGUUUGGAGUAUGGAGUAUCAAGAUACAUGACUUUGAUGGAAAUCCAGCUAUUCCUCACAAUUCAAAGGUUAAGUUCCGGUUCAAGCAUGGAGAUGGAGUUUGGGUUGAUCGUAUUCCUGCUUGGAUUAAAUAUGCCACUGUGGAUCCAGCAAAGUUUGCAGCUCCAUAUGAUGGUGUGUACUGGGAUCCACCACCAUCAGAAAGGUAUCAGUUUAAGUAUGGUCGUCCUCCAAAACCCAAGGCUCCACGAAUAUAUGAGGCCCAUGUUGGAAUGAGUAGCUCAGAACCCCGCAUCAGUUCAUACAGAGAAUUUGCUGAUAAUGUUUUGCCUCGUAUUCGAGCAAAUAACUAUAACACAGUCCAGCUGAUGGCUGUGAUGGAGCAUUCCUAUUAUGCUUCCUUCGGUUAUCAUGUGACAAAUUUCUUUGCCGUAAGCAGUAGAUCUGGAACACCUGAGGACCUUAAAUAUCUAAUUGAUAAAGCACAUUCCCUAGGUUUGCGGGUAUUGAUGGAUGUCAUUCACAGUCAUGCAAGUAAUAAUGUCACUGAUGGCCUCAAUGGCUUUGAAGUUGGUCAAAGCACACAAGAGUCCUACUUCCAUGCAGGAGAUAGAGGCUACCAUAAGUUAUGGGAUAGCCGACUCUUCAACUAUGCAAACUGGGAAGUUCUCCGCUUCUUUUUGUCCAACUUAAGGUGGUGGCUGGAGGAGUAUCAGUUUGAUGGUUUUCGGUUCGAUGGGGUAACUUCCAUGCUGUAUCAUCACCAUGGCAUAAACGUGGCAUUUACAGGAGAUUAUAAUGAGUACUUCAGUGAGGCAACAGAUGUUGAUGCUGUUGUUUAUUUGAUGCUUGCCAACUAUCUGAUCCAUAAGAUACUGCCAUCUGCAACUGUAAUUGCCGAAGAUGUUUCUGGGAUGCCUGGACUUGGUCGGCCUGUCUCUGAAGGAGGUGUUGGUUUUGACUACAGGCUGGCAAUGGCCAUCCCUGAUAAGUGGAUUGAUUAUGUGAAAAACAAGAAAGACGAAGAGUGGUCAGUGACAGAAAUUUCAUGGAGCUUGACAAAUAGGAGAUACACCGAGAAAUGUGUCUCCUAUGCUGAGAGUCAUGAUCAGUCAAUUGUGGGUGACAAAACGAUUGCAUUCUUUUUGAUGGAUAAAGAAAUGUACUCUGGUAUGUCGUGUUUGAAGGAAGCUUCUCCUACUGUUGAUCGCGGGAUUGCCCUCCACAAGAUGAUACAUUUUAUAACUAUGGCAUUAGGAGGCGAGGGCUAUCUUAACUUUAUGGGUAAUGAGUUUGGACACCCUGAAUGGAUUGACUUUCCAAGAGAUGGCAAUGGGUGGAGUUAUGAAAAGUGCAGACGCCAAUGGAACCUGGUGGAUACAGAUCAUUUAAGAUAUAAGUUUAUGAACGCAUUUGACAGAGCUAUGCACUUGCUUGAUGAGAAAUUUUCGUUCCUUUCAUCAACAAAGCAGAUAGUGAGCAGCACAGAUGAGGAAGACAAGGUUAUUGUCUUUGAGCGUGGAGAUCUAGUUUUUGUAUUCAAUUUUCAUCCAGUAAACACAUACGAUGGGUACAAAGUGGGGUGUGACUUACCUGGGAAGUACAGAGUUGCACUAGACAGUGAUGCUUUCGAAUUUGGUGGACAUGGAAGAGUAGGGCAUGAUGUAGACCACUUCACAUUUCCAGAAGGAAUACCAGGGGUUCCUGAAACAAAUUUCAACGGCCGUCCCAACUCCUUCAAAGUACUCUCACCACCGCGAACAUCCGUGGUUUAUUACCGAGUGGAUGAAAGUAAGGAGGAGAACUCAACAGCAGAAGUUGUGGUUGGGCAGGAGAACAAAGAAGUUGGAUACAUGAAACAUGAAAAUGUUGGUCCAGGAGUGAAUUUGUUAUCGGAGAACUCAACAGCAGAAGUUGUGGUUGGGCAGGAGAACAAAGAAGUUGGAUCCAUGAAACAUGAAAAUGUUGGUCCAGGAGUGAAUUUGUCAUCGGAUAACUGAAAGAGGUGUGCUCCCACUGAUGGAUUCUGUAUGUGAAUAAAUAACCGGAUUGUUCAACGAUAUAAUAAAAUGUGCUACUUGCAUGCAGUCGCACUAGAAUGUGUAUAUGAAUAAACAUUAGCAUUACUACUGGGUUCGUAAUUUCAAUUACUGAAUUCUAAAUCUUAGUAUGCUAUGCCAAGCUCGAUGAUAAUCUCACUAUUAA